AUGGAGACUGAACCGCCGUUUUCAAGCCCUCAACCUGGGCCCACUCAAGAAGCUUCAUCCCCGGCAACGAACAGAAGAAAGUCCGGUCGGGUGACGCGAAAACCUGCACUGUACGCGGAGAGUUAUGGCGCCAAUGAUAGUGCGACCGCAGGGAGCUCUAAGCGCAAGCGUGCCGGCGGCGAUGACGAGGAAGAUGUAGAGGAGGAUGCAGACGCGUCCGAGCCCGAAGCUGACGAGUCCGCCAAUGAAGAGCCCGAUGAAGAAGAACUUCGAGAGAAGAGACGUGCUGCACGUAAAGCGUCAUCCAAGAAAGCGUCCGUGCCGAAGGCUAAAGCAAAGCCUCGCAGUGCGAAGAAACCUAAAGUAGCUAGCAAUGGAAUUGGAAGCCAACUGGCGUUCAGACCUGCUACGAAUGGAAAGAAGACUGUUUCCUCCCGUCCCAGGAAACCGAUAGUGCGACCCAGCUUGGCUGCCGGUGAACGGGGCCUCUAUGCGGAGGUCUUUGGUAAAGGGCGCAAUGCCGACACGACUGCUGCCGAGUGGCUUUCGCGAUACCAGAGAGAGCAGUCUCAAGCGCUGCGUGAUAUGGUUAACUUUGUGCUCAGGUGUAUAGGAACUGAUCUCGAGAUAACUCAAGACCAUAUUGAGGAUGUCGACCACGCGCCGGACCGCGUAAAGGAUUUGCAAAAUCAACAUCAGCAGGAAGGAUUCGGCGAGUGGCCCUUGAUCUCUAGAUCGAGAAAGUUCAGGGCUUUCCAGCCUGUCUUGGAAGAAUUCUUCAAGUCCUUAAUCCAGACCUUCCAUCAUUCCUCGGUUCUAUACGACGACCAAAACCUCUUCGAGAACUUCGAAAUUUGGCUAUCUGCCAUGUCAACAUCGCACUCUCGGCCUUUCAGACAUACCUCAACCGUGAUUUUACUGGCAGUCAUGUGUGCUCUUUGCGACAUCGCCCGGGAGUUGAUGACAUCAGUUUCUACUUCUCGCAAACAGCUCGAAACUGAAAAGAAAAAGAAGUCGGUCAACCAAGGAAGAGCAUCCGCUAUUGAGAAGGCUAUUGAAGACGGCGAAAAGAAGCUGGAGAUCAUCGAUGAAUACCUUAAAGACGGCGUCAAUGUCGUCUUCGUUCACCGAUACCGGGAUGUCGACCCUAACAUUCGUGCAGAAAGUAUGGCAGCGCUGGGGCAGUGGAUUCGUAGCUACCGAGAAUAUUUCUUCGAGGGACAGUUCCUUCGAUACUUCGGCUGGAUGUUGUCUGACACCGUCGCCCAGACACGCCUUAUCGUUGUAAACCAACUUCGCAGUUUAUAUGAAAAUAAAGAUAACAUUGCAGGCAUGCGGUCAUUUACCGCGCGCUUCCGUGAACGAAUGGUGGAAAUGGCUGCCCGUGAUGCAGACCUUGGGGUACGGGCCUCUGCGAUUGAACUAGUGGAUCUGAUUCGGGAGGCCGGAUUGAUUGAGCCCAGCGACAUUGACACAGUGGGAAGACUCGUCUUCGACUCGGAACCCCGGAUUCGAAAAGCAGCUGGUCGUUUCUUUGUCGCCAACGUUCAUGAUGUGUACGAUUCCACGGUCGAAGAAGUUCGAGACGAGAUCAAUGAGAUGUUCAGUGAAGAGGAUGAAGAUGAUUUCGAAUCGCCUAAACGUUCGUGGAUCAAGUUCAAGUGUCUCGUCGACACCCUUCAAUCCUACGACGAGCCUGAAAAUGAGUAUAAACCCGACCAGCCCACCACUGCAUCGAAGGAUAUGCUCUCCGGCACUCCUGUUAAUACCCGAUUUGUUCUUGUUACUGAGGCUAUUUAUCCUUACCUCAAGGAACUAUCCCAAUGGCAAUCUUUGGCUGGGUAUCUGCUUUACGAUCACUCCCAGAUUGCGGACAGUUCGUCCGAGGAUGACACUUCAGGCUCCAUCAAACAGCUUUACAAGAUGCAGGAAGGGCAGGAGGUCAUCCUCUUAGAAGUACUAUGCAGUGCUGUUAAGUUGCGUGUUCUUGAGGUUGCAAAGUCUGAUAUUGAUAAAAGAGGACGGAAGGUCAAGGCUUUGACUGACAAGAUUCCCGAACUUCAAGAAGAGAUUGCGCAUAACCUUGCGCAGAUCAUCCCCCAACUCUUGAAUAAAUUCGGCUCUGUGCCAGAAGCUGCUUCUGCCGUUCUACGACUUGAGCACCUCGUCGAUCUGGAUAAGAUACAAGACUUACAGAAAGAUGCGACCGCCUAUACAUCAUUACUAAACGACAUCAAUAAACAAUUCUUAACGCACUCUGAUCAGGAUGUGCUCACCGAGGCUAGUGUCGCUUUUCUUCAUGCAAAGAGCUCAGACGAUAUGCGGGAAGCGUUAGAGAAUAAGAUUUCGGAAUUGUGGGACGACAUGAUCGACACGCUCAGCACAUUAGCCCGGAAGAAGGAAGUACUGGAGGGCAGAUCAAUACCUGACUCUACUCUCAAUCAACUUACGAAUACUGUGAUGAGAAUUUCCAGUCUUGCCAGUGUAACCGACUGCACACAGACUCUGGAAGCAACACCUUCACGGUCAAAGGGCAAGAGCAAAGACACUGCCGAGACACCUUUCAAUAUCCUUCUGCAUCUGACGGAACGUGGUUUACGCGAAACCGAAGAUGAUGAAGAAUCCGCAAAGGCAGAGACAGAACUUGUGAGCAGCAGCAUACGGACACUGCUCUUCUAUUUCAUGUGGAAGGUCCAGUCUUUAACUACUGCUUUAAGCUCUGGAAAUGCCUCUUUCAAUACCGAAUACUUCGAAGUCUUAACAAAGAGCCGGGAGUUGUUUGUUUCGACACUUGUCGCCAUCAUGGGGGCGCGUUCUGGCUUGGAUGAUAUACGAUUCUCGGCAACAACAACACUCUUGGACCUACAGACCCUAUUCGGCACCCUCCGAUAUGCGGGACAAAAAGCCAGUAACGACGAAGACGUCAUUCUCCAGACACAGGGCUUGGUCCACGAGAUCGCAGGCGAGGCCUCCAAGCUUAUCGCUAAAAUCCACAGUGUCGCAGAACGUACAUAUGCGAAAAGGCUACGGUUCUCCUACGAGCCCGCGGACGACGACGAACCUAUAUCUGACUCAGAGGCGGAGAAGGAUUCCGAUGACGAGAGCGACGCUGGUUCCGAAGCAGAAAUGAUAGCCACAGAGCGCUUGCGAUCCAGAAUCGUGGCCGAACAGCGCCUGUGCGAACUCACAGGCAAGAUCGUCCUAGCGAUUGUAGGCCGCGUCAUUGACGCCUCCGGCGAAGAGCGCGGACAGCUCAAGCAAAGAUUGGUCAGGCACAAAUCCGACUUAGGCCAGAACUAUCGCGAAGUAGUCGCAUUCCUCGACGAGCGUAAACCCAAGAACCCUCCCCGACCCAAGGGUAAACAGCUACCUACAUCCACGGAACCAAACCGAAAUCAAAGCAGUUCAAGCAAGCGCCAAGACAACGCUAAAUCCGCUGAAAGAGUGGACGAUGAUGACGAUGAGGAAGAGGAAGAGGAGGUGCAGCUGAAUCUGGAAGAGGACGAUGACGAGGAUCUACGAGAAAGAGGCCUGGUAGAAGACGACAACAUCGAAGAAGAUCACGAUGAAGAAGAGGAAGAUGAAAAUCAUUCUGCUGCUAAUUCAGACGAAGAUGAAGUUAUGGGUGAUUGA